AUGCAACUCCCCAAAACACAAAAGGCGGCCAUCAAACAAGGCACCGGCGACAACGCUAGGAUUACCAUCAAGGAGAUUCCUGUCCCAGAGCCAGCUGCCGACCAGAUUCUCGUCAAGAUAAAUUAUAGUGGCCUCUGUGCCUCGGACAAGUCCCUGCUCCAUGAUGAGUGGGACUUCAAGAUGGCCGAAUGCACCGAAGGCAUCGCAGGGCAUGAGGGCGCUGGCAUCGUUGUAGCCGUUGGCGCAAACGUGCAAGAUCUCUGGCAGAUCGGUAAUCGCGCUGGUAUCAAAUGGAUUGCGUCUGUAUGCCGACGAUGCGAGUUUUGUACUAACGGCCAAGAUGAAUGUCAUUGUCCGAAGCAGCUGAACAGCGGAUUUACUAUUGCGGGAACGUUUCAGGAGUAUUGCUUAACGGAUGCGAGGUAUGCGACGAGAUUGCCUGAUGGUGUCAAAGACGAGGAGGCGGGCCCGAUCAUGUGCGGCGGCGUUACGGCGUAUGUUGCCUGCAAGAGAAGUAAGGUACUCCCCGGACAAUGGAUUGUCAUUCCGGGAGCAGGUGGAGGCCUCGGUCAUUUUGGUGUUCAAUACGCUCGCCAUAUGGGUAUGCGCGUUAUUGCAAUCGACGGCGGCGACGCCAAACGCGAUCUCUGCCUCUCUCUCGGUGCCGAGAGGUUUAUCGACUUCACUACAUGCUCGGACAUCACUUCCGAGAUCAUGAAGAUUACUACUUAUGGCGCCCACGGUGUCAUCGUCUUCGCAGCAACAAAAGCAGGCUACGAACAAGCGCCACAUCUGCUGAGACCAAACGGCACGAUGGUGUGUGUAGGUCUACCGAAAGAUUCGUCGAUCAUUGCGGGAGCUAGUCCAAUCCUGAUGUGCCUCAAGAGAUUGAAUGUUGUGGGAAGUGUGACGGGAACGCUGAAGGACGUUGAGGAGGCACUCGACUUUACUUCGCGAGGACUGGUACAUCCGAUUCUGACGCAUGGUGGUUUAGAGGAUAUUGAUCGGUUUUGUGCGGAUAUGAAUGCAGGGAAGCUUGCUGGUCGGGCUGUUAUCAGGAUCACUGCGUAG